UCGCUCUGCAGAGACCUAAGUCUCCUUCCGGGAGACGGUUUUAUAGGCAGAAUGAAUUUAAACAGCAUUAACAUUAAUUAUUAACGCAUUUAUUGUAUGUUGAAACUAAAAGUACAUGAAUAUUAAUUUACAUUUAAUUAAAAUGUAUCUAUUUCAAUCAAGGGAAAUGAAAGGCUUGUGUGCAGGUCUCUCACUCUAUGUGUUAGUGCCUGUGGUUCAGGGUGAGUCCCUCUGAGACUUCCUCUCUGAACUCUAGUUAAGUGUGUGCAGACUGAAUAUCAGCUCAGCUGAGAGAGAUGGGCGACCUCCAGUCUCUGCGAGUCUUCAUCAACUGUCUGGAUCAGCAGUCUCUACCCCGCGUCCUGCAGAUCUGCUCUGGGGUUUAUUUCCAGGGGUCCAUUUAUGAGCUUUCAGGGAGUGAAGUGUGCUUAUCUACUGGAGAUUUGGUGAAGGUCAUUGGUUUACAGCUCCUGUCUGUAUCUUGUGAGGAGAUUGACACUGGAGCUUCAUUUGAAUUGCCUGCUGGAUAUCCAGGUCACUUCAGACUCGUCUCUGAGGACCUACCAUACAAUUCACUAGAGGAAAUUGUGAGUUUGUGUCCUGUUGGAGCGGACUCCUGUGGCUCCUUCACCUUCAUAAGCCAAAACGAGUUGACUCUAGACAACUUCACACUACCUGCAGGAAAACAGUUGGCCUUGCUGUCGGUGGAGGUUGCCAAAAAUGGAGAAAGACUGGCACGGUGCCAAGUGGUGGAGCAGAACAUGGCCUCUGCAGAGAUACUCCUUCCUCUGUCGCUCAGAGGAGAGUUUUAUGAGCGGCAGGGUGACCGCGGGUUCUCUCUACAGGAAAUCAUGUCAUCAUCCAGACUGAGUUGCCGUCGCUUCCGCAAUACAGAUGAGAACAGUGGGAGCUUGUUGGUUUUCAGCCCAGUGUAUGAAAUUAGUGCCAUUAUGCAAAUGAGGAAGAACAUAGUCAAGUUCCCAUCGAGUCUGGAAGUGGAUGUCCAGGACGUGACAGAACAGUUCCAGGAUUUUGUUUUUAUAACACCGCUAUCAAUGACUGAAGUUGCGAUUAAGCCAGCGGAGUCCUUCCCGACUAUGGCAGAGAUCAUUGAUGGCCCAGAAGCCAAUCAGUUUUUUAAUUGCAACUGGUUUCAAGGUAUGCAAAGAAGCCGGCACCUCGUGUUACAUAGUUGUAGAACAACAACAAUGAUAUUAGCCUCAACUCCAAAGGGGAGGAAGGGAAAACAGUACUUCAUCAUCUCCGAGAACUAUGGUGGAAGAAUGAGAAGAAGGGCCCGGGAAUUUGAAUCCGUGUACGAGAUAUACUUGGCAUCCACUCAGACUCCAGGAUUGAAAGUUAGCGUGACUCGUCACUGCGAGGCGGUGGAGGAAGAGGGAAUGCCUGCGCUCAGUGUCGGAGAACAGCUGGAGGUUUUGGGGAAAGCAGUGAUGGAUGGACUCAAAGAUUCAUCAGGAGCUGCUCAGAAAAUAGAAAGUCUACUUUGCAAAAAGACAGUGGAGGUGGACGACGAGGAUGAGGAAGAUGAAGAAGAUAGUAAGGAAAUCUCUCUGCCACUGUUUAUGGCAGGUCACUUUGUGGAAAAGCUUUCAGACAACAAAAAGUAUAAAUUAGCAGAUUUAGUGAGUAGCUCUUUGCCUGUAGAUGUUAAAGUGGUGACUCGGGAUAAAGAGCUAGAAAAAGACCCCCUGAUGGGGUUACCAGCACUUCAGCUUGAGGAGACUUUCACAGAGACUACGGUGUUGUCAAGCCUACCAAAUAAACCACACUGGUGCUUUGAGUUGCCAGUACAUUGGUUACAAAUGUCUCUCUGUUUCACCUCUGAUCCUCUGCCAUGGUCUAGUAAUGAGACCCCAGAACUUCACAUAGAGACAGUUACUGAGGUUACAGAGAAAUUCUACUAUGAAUAUCAUAAACUCACAAGCAAAAUUGAGGAACCACCUCCUCGUCCACCAAAAAGGAAGCCAUCCAGUUCAGAAGUGCCUAAAAAGCCUCCCAAGUCCGAGUCAAAAUCACCAAACUUAAGGAGUGCUGUGACCAAACAACUCGACAACCUGUCGCUGGGUCAUAUAAAGGGUAGACGGGCUCCUGCUCCACCUCCACAUGAGGAGACUUCAAACCAUCCCUCUCCACAGUUGCCUAAGAAAGGCUCAUCAAUAGCAGAGAGCGCCACUCCGCACAACAUGUAUGUCAGAAGCCCCAAAGCAGCACACACAUCAGCACAGAAACUCUCUGACUCUGACCACGAUUAUGAGUCUAUCCAAGAAUCAUUUGAAAACUUCAUUAGUUAAAGGACACUUUGUAUUCAGCUGUGUCUGCAUAGCAGACUUGCCAAAGAAACCCAAGAAAUCAAAGAACCAGCUAAUAUGGAGUCUCCGGUGCACCCAUAGCUAAUGCUAAUCUGAAAUAUUUCAUUGUGUCUAAAUACUCAAAGACAAUGCAAGGUUUAACACAUAUACCAUUUAUUGUAAAUUAUACAAUGCCAUUUUUAUUGCUUUUUAUGACAUGCUGACCUCUAAAGACAGAAAAUAAGUUAAAAUGAGUAUGCUUCUAUUAAAAUGACUAAAACAAA